ACAGCAACUUAACAGGCGCCCCUCCUGGGACCGUAAACCUACGCAUCCCUAUUCAAGCAAAACCCGCCUCGUGUCACAUACGUACGACGCGGUCUUUGGUGGUGUCAGACUCAAAAGAGUCAGAGUCAGACUGUUUUCGAGCGACACUUCAAAGCGAGGCUUCAUAAAAGAUACGUGUCCCUGAUUCUGUCAUAAACAGAUCCAUCUUUGGAUCAUUGUUAGAUCUUUAAGAUAUUUUUUUUUCCUUCCCAAAUAAUUAUAUACAAUGAUUUAGGCUUGGAUUAUGUGUUAGACCUUUUUGUUAAGUUCUUGGAAAGUUUUGAGGGCGACGCUCCCCUACUCUUUUGAAAGCAGUCUUCCCUUUCUCUCUCUGAAUUAUUUGGCUUUUAAUUUAGCUUCUCUCUAUUUUCGGUCAGAUUUAUUACUGUUCUUCAUUUGGGUUUUUGUUGUAAUCUCUUUGCACUUAAGAACUUGUCAAUACUUGGUGUUCUUGCUUUGUCUCUCUGUUUCUAGAAUUCUCAGCUGUGCGAUUUCUUGUUUUUAAAAUUUGGUUGGCUUUGUUUUCUUUUUGUUGCUAUUUGGGGCUUUUGGACUGUGUGUGAAUUUUGAAAUAGAACAGUACUAUUUUUUUUUUUCGCGCGCGUGAGAGAGUUUCAAUUGGAGUGAGUUGAGAUGGAGGAGCGAUAUGAACCAAUGAAGGAGCUUGGUUCAGGGAAUUUCGGAGUGGCAAGGUUGGUAAGAGAUAAGAAGACAAAGGAGCUUGUUGCUGUCAAGUGCAUAGAAAGGGGGAAGAAGUUACAAAUAUUGGUGUCGAAUCCGCUAUGUCUAAUGUCUAUUGGGCAGAAUAAGUACCAUAGUGUUAUCUCUGCGUCUUAUAUAGUCCACAGAAGACUGCUGGUGGAACGUUAGUUGUGAAUUGAUGAGAAUGUUCAGAGAGAAAUCAUUAACCACAGAUCUCUGAGGCAUCCAAACAUUGUCAGGUUCAAAGAGGUUUUUCUGACUCCUACCCAUUUAGCUAUUGUCAUGGAAUAUGCAGCCGGUGGUGAACUCUUUGAGAGGAUAUGCAGUGCUGGUCGAUUUAGCGAAGAUGAGGGCAGAUUUUUCUUCCAGCAGCUAAUCUCUGGAGUCAGCUACUGUCAUACCAUGGAAAUUUGUCACAGGGAUCUUAAACUGGAAAACACACUAUUGGAUGGGAGUCCAACGCCAAGACUUAAGAUUUGUGAUUUUGGCUACUCCAAGUCUGCUUUGUUGCACUCGCAACCCAAAUCAACAGUUGGAACACCUGCAUACAUUGCACCAGAGGUUCUCCAACGAAAGGAGUAUGAUGGAAAGAUUGCAGAUGUUUGGUCCUGUGGUGUGACACUAUAUGUAAUGUUGGUGGGAGCAUACCCAUUUGAGGAUCCCGAUGACCCUAGAAAUUUUCGCAAGACGAUUGGAAGAAUAAUGAGCGUUCAGUACUCCAUACCUGACUAUGUACGUGUGUCUGCAGACUGCAGGCACCUACUUUCACGUAUUUUUGUUGCGAAUCCUGGCAAGAGGAUCACUAUCCCUGAGAUAAAAAACCAUCCUUGGUUUCUGAAAAACUUGCCAAAAGAGCUUGUAGAAAUUGAGAAGACACCAGGUGAGGGAGCAAAAUAUGACCAACCAAUUCAAAGUGUUGAUGAAAUUAUGCGCAUCAUACAAGAUGCAAAGAUUCCCGAGGAAGGAUCAAAAGCUGUUGGGGAAACCGCUGCUGGGGCAUUGGACAUUGAUGACAUAGAGGCUGAUAUUGAAUCUGAAGCCGAUGUCAGUGGCGACUAUGUCACUGCUAUGUGAACAUGGUUGGGAUACAAACUUUAGUCUGCAUUUAUUGUGUUGAUCAAAUUGUAGUUUGUACAGGACUAUGCUGGAAACUCUUCCACAAGUAAAUUUGAACCAAGUAUCAAUUUGGGUUUUGUGUAUCAAUUAUCAAAUAUACUGGCAUGUAUAUUUUCUCAUCUUUAUGGAAGAUUUCAAUUGUUACA